UUUUUCAGUGCAGCCUCCAAGAGUCGGACAGUGAGAAGAACAUAGAGGCUAACUUUGUUUCACUUGAGAGAAUCAGCAUCUAUCCACUGCACUCAGUAGCUACAACCAAAGAAGAUGAAGACGUGCAAUCUGGCACUGAUUGUGCUGGUGCUUGCAUGCUGCAGAACCGUGACGAUCGACAAAGUUGCAGCUGCCGAUCCCGAUCCACUGACUGACGUUUCGCCUAACGCCAACGAUUUCGUCAUCCGGAGUGUCUUCAAAAAUGCAGAUGUCUCAUCUGGAAGCGGGGGCCAGCGUGCUGCUCUGUCUACGUCAAAGUUUCCUGCUAUUGAGAGCCAAGGGAUUACGGUCGUACAAUUCAACAUGACACCAUGCGGUUUAAAUCGACCACAUACUCAUCCUCGAGCAACUGAGAUUCUGUCAAUGCUGAGUGGAGGUCCGCUGCAAGCAGGCUUCGUAGACACAGCUGGCAAGGCAUGGAUUGAGCUCCUAUACCCGGGAGAUAUCAUCGUUUUCCCCCGUGGCCUGCUGCAUUACGAACUCAAUGUCGGAAAGAAAACUGCAUUCUACUUAUCAGCUCUCAACAGCCAAAACCCGGGAACUCUUGAGGCAGCAGGAGCACUCUUGUCCAUCCCCGAUCGCGCGGCUGCUACAACUCUGAACCAGAACUUGAAGAACUAUGGACAGAUCAAGAAGCAAUCACUUCCUUACGAUGAACCUGCAACGCUUCGCCUCGCCAGCGAUUGCGUGCCAGGCAGAGACGUCACCACAGACUUCUAGAUCAGAUAUCUAUGAAAUCGUGCAGCAAGUUGGAUUUUUGGCCUGGAAACGAUGGGCUCCUCCGCAACACAUGCAGGCGAUCUGUCGAAACUACGUCGAUCAAGCCUUAUUGCACUCUUCUGUACAGAGAUUCAUUGUUCACUAGACGUUUGCCUUUUAGUGAAUAUUGUAAAAUGGACCGAACUCCUCAGGAGUAUGGUUCUUUCUGUACUUGAAUCAAGAAUAAAAGUCAAUUAUAUGAG